GUCAGUGGAGGUCAACUGCCAGAUAAUAAAGUAAUUGCCAGUGAGCUUAACACCUUGCCGGAGCUGAAGAAGUAUAUGAAGAAGGUUAUGCCUUUUGUGGCCAUGGUUAAGGAAAAUCUGGAGAAGAAUGGUUCACGUGUUCUUGAUCUGGAACUGGAAUUUGAUGAACGUGCAGUGCUCAUGGAGAAUAUUGUCUAUUUGACAAAUUCCCUGGAGCUGGAUCACAUCGAAGUAAAGUUUGCUUCUGAAGCAGAAGAUAAAAUAAAAGAAGACUGCUGUCCUGGAAAACCAUUUUCCAUAUUUAGAACUGAGCCCAGUGUGUCUGUAUUUUUGGUGAACCCUCAACCAUCAAAUGGCCACUUCUCUACAAAGAUUGAAAUCAGGCAAGGAGACAAUAGCGAGACGGUGAUCAGGCGCUUAAUGAAGAUGGACAAAGGAAUCAAAGAUCUCUCCAAAGUGAAGCUGAUGAGGUUUGAUGAUCCUGUCCUUGGGCCCCGCCGUGUUCCAGUCCUUGGCAAAGAAGCAGCAGAGAAAACACCGAUUCUGGAGCAAGCCAUCUUCCACAUCGACCUGGACGAGAAACACGUUUGCAUUACUGAGAAUGGCCUGACAAAGGACAUUGGUGACACAAUUGUUUAUCUAGUUCAUUAAACUGGCGCAUACCUGGCUUGACCCCUGGCAGUGAGAAAGUUCAUAGAGUGAUUUUGAAAGCAUCUGUAAUGAACAAAGAUGAGAAUUUGUUCUAUUAAAAAAAAAAAAGCCCACCCAAACCAACCUAAUUUUGCAUGCAAGUUCACCCCUACUCUUUUGAAUACGGAUAUAAUAAAAUUAUUUUCCUCUGGCCCUUUGGCUUUUCUUGAAAAGAAACAGUUAUCC